AUGGCAGAUGUUUUAGUUGGAAAAAACAUAUUAGAUGAACCUGUCCAUGGUAUAUAUAUUCCCACUGGUUUAUUCCUUGCAGGUAUCAGUAUAACGGUGUACAUGUCAGGAGAGAACAGACUGCUGUACACAUUACCUGUUUUAUUUUCUUUUCUGGCCUAUAGAGCUUAUGCUGCCUAUAGUCGUAAAAGAUCAAUUUAUUCUGAUAGAUGGUCACCAUUGGAAUUAGAGGACAAAACCAUUGUCUCCAAGAAUACUGCGAUCUAUAGAUUUAAAUUGAACACAUCUGUUGAAACUUUGAAUUUGCCACCAGGCUACCAUCUAAUGGCCCGUGCUUUCAUCAAUGGUACUGAAGAAAUAAGACCUUACCAUCCAAUUUCUCCUCGUUAUGCUCCUGGAUAUUUUGACCUGAUGGUUAAAUCUUAUGUCGACGGCAAAGUUUCUAAAUUUUUUGCAGGUUUAGAGCCUGGGAAAACUGUGGAUUUUAUGGGGCCAGUUGGUAAACUAAACUAUUACUGCAAUUCCUCUACAGCAAUCGGUCUAGUAGCUGGUGGUAGCGGCAUAACCCCCAUUCUACAAGUCUUGAACGAAAUUAUCACCACACCAGAAGAUGUAACAAAAAUUUCUCUGCUGUAUGCUAAUGAAACUGAAAAUGACAUUUUGCUCAAGGAUGAAUUGGAUGAGUUGGUGGAUAAAUAUCCCCAUUUCGAAGUAAAUUACGUGGUUAACAGACCAUCCAGCAAUUGGAAAGGUCUUAGAGGCUAUGUUACAAAAGAAAUGAUGCAAAGAUGUUUGCCAUCGCCAUCUGUUGAUCACAGGUUACUUAUCUGCGGUCCUCCUGAUAUGAACAGUCUAGUUCUAGAGUUGGCUAACAACAUUGGUUGGAGAUUCAGCGGUGAAGAAUCCGAAGGUAAUGACCAGGUCUUUGUAUUCUGA